AAUGAGUGCAUAACCAUAACAAUAAAUAAUAUUUGGUGCUUGCAAAGUUAAAGAUGGAUUGUACAUAGGUGAUGAAUAUGCAGCAAAAGUAAUAUAUAUAAAAUUUAAUUAUUAAGGACAUAGAAUUUAUUGUGGCAAAUAAAAUUGGCUAUAUUGUUAAUUGUUCCUCUGAUUCUAUUGAAAAUCUAUUAGAAAACAUUGGUAUCAUGUAUUUCUCAUUUUAAUGGCCAGAAGAUUAACCAGAAGUAAAAGUUUUUUAUUUUAAUCAAGAUAGUUGUAUCAAAGGAUUUUGUAAAUAAUGUUCAUGAGUUUAUAGAAGAAAGUGUUACUUUAGGUUAAAGUUGUUUGAUAACCUCUUUACAUGGAUAGAGUAGAGCUUGCUCUUUAGUUACAAUUUAUUUAAUGAAUAAGUAUGAUUGUUAAUUAUUAACUUAAGAUUCAAAUGGUCACUUUAUAAAACACUAGAAUAUUUGAACUCCAGAAGAAGUGAUUUAGAAAUCAAAACAUCUUUUUUCACUGUUCUUAAUCAAAUUGAGAAAUUACUUAAUCCAGAAACUCUCUCUAAAAAAUGGGAAAUGUUUAAUUUAUUUAUUAUUAAUUUUUAGAUAACCUAAUACAAAUCCAGAUGAAGUUAUUAUUACUAAUACAUUUUUCAAUGCUCAAUCAUAAUAAAUAGAUUAAAUUUAUAUUCAACCAACAGAAUUCUAAAAAAUGAAUAAUAAAUCUUACAUUUCCUUAAUUGGUUGGACAGAACAACAUGUUUAAUAAAAACAUAAUCCUCUUAAUUAAUUUAAAUCAAUUCUAAAAGUAUCAAAAUUAAUAUAAUUAGGGAUCAAAUGCUGUUUUUACUAAAGAUGGAGGAAAUAGAAAACUUGCACUUAAAUCAUUUUCUGUAAAUAAAGAAAACAUUCCUGAAAGUGUACCUUAAAGGAAAAACACUCCUUCUUAAAGAUCUACAUAAAGAAGCACUAGCAAUCCUAAGUAAUUAUAAUAGCCAUUAAUUGCCUCUCCAUUUAUUAAUUAAUCUCAACUUCCACCUCCAAAUCUAUAGAAUCAAAUUUCUAAUCAAAGUUAAAAAAUUCCACCAAAAACUACAUAACCACUUCCUCCUUCAGGAUAGAAUUCAAAAAAGUCCUUAAUUAUCCAAAAAGAAAAUAGUUUACAUAAAAAAAAUAGUGGCAAUUAAGUAGUAUAUCCAGUUAAAAUCUUAAGACCAAAAAUGCCUAAUUUUGAUAAUAUUUGA